UGAAGAUAAACCUCUUAUUGACGAUUUUUCUCAGCAGUGAAAUAUUACUCUUUUCCCCUCACUAACGUUCAUUCUCAAGAUGUCCAUUGUCGAUUAUUCAGUUGAAUACCCAUCCACCGAGCUCCAGGGCUUCUACGGAUGGACUGACACCCUACGAGGAAUACAAUAUGGCCCGGGAUCGGUUUCAACAGCUUUGCCCAAGUUCUUCAAACUUUUGGGAGUAUCCAAAGCUCUGGUCCUCACUGGAAAGAGUCUAUACGAGAAGACAGAUGUAGUGAAGAAAGUUGAAGGCUGUCUCCAAGCCAUCGACGCGUAUGGUGCAACCUUCCACCAGAUCGCUCAACAUUCGCCCAUUGCCGGAAUCAGAGAAGCAAGCAAGGUUUUUACUGACGCGGGCUGCGAUGUUAUUGUCUCAGUGGGAGGAGGAUCUCCAGUCGACGCUGCCAAGGCUAUUCUUUAUUAUUUGCAACAAGAGCGAGGUGGAGAGACGAUGCCCCAAAUUGCUAUCCCUACAACAUUGAGUGCGGCUGAAUACUCUAUCGGGGCUGGGUACACAGACGAUAGUGGAAAGAAGGUGGCUGUUAGCUCUCAGAAACUGGCGCCCGCAGCCAUUAUCCUUGACGCGGAGCUCACAUUGGCCACGCCCGAAAAUCUAUGGCUCUCUACUGGAAUUCGGGCCUUAGAUCACUGCGUAGAAAAUCUCUAUCGACCACUAAUCCCUCCUCCGCUGAAGGUAAUGGGACUCUCUGCUCUUGCAGACUUGUUCAAGUAUCUUCCCGAAUCCAAGGCCGAUCCAACGUCUGUGGAAAUUCGCCAAAAACUUCAGAUAGCAAGCUGGAUGAGUCUCUGGCCAUUGAAGCUUGAAAAGUACAGUGCGCUGGGAUUGUCUCAUUCGCUCGGACACAAACUUGGUGCAGCGUAUUCGAUUCCUCAUGGGAUCACAUCGUGCCUCACACUUGCCCCGGUCGUGGAGCUCAUGGCGGAAAUAGGCACGGAACAAGACAAGGAGUAUCUCGCCAAAGCACUUUUCUAUCUGCACAAACCGAGUACUGGUACAGUCGAAGGUGAUGUGCUAGAGUUGUCGGCGUCUAUCAAACAGCUCGUGGCUGAUCUGGGCCUAUCAACGACCCUCACCGAUUACAACGUUCCUCGGGAUGAUAUACCAACAAUUGCUCGAAAUACCCUGGGUACCGAAACACAUCCAGUGUUCCCUAAAGUUGUCAAAUUAUUGGAGGGCUUGUAUUGAAAGAAAUUACUUUUCGGAGUGUCUAAUUCGGAAUUCCGUGUAAGAAUAACGGCGGGUACCUAUCGUAACCUAUAUAAGCGAGGAUGCAGAAUGCCACGAUGUAUUAAGACGUGCGAUUUGAGAGCCAUUAGUCUAGACUUUCUCUUUGUCCUCCAAAACGCGGAGUCAACUUAUAUGGGGCCCUCCGGCA